CUUGCGUCAGAAUAAGAAAAACAGAUGUACAUAUUUUGUUAAUAAUUUUCGUUUUAAGUAGAACACAGGAUAGCUCAAUUUGUUUUUCCGACUGAUAAACAAUGAAUUUAAAAAAUUCCAAGUUUUACAAAAGAAUUCAGGAGCUGCGAAACUUCUCAAAAGAGAAACUACGUAAAGAUCGAGAGCAACGGGGCUUACGCACUCCAGUCAUACGUGGCGUGGAAAUGGCCCUAUCCGAGUCCAAAUGCAGCAAUCGAGUUGUCGAACUGGAAUGGUCCCAGCUGGCAUCACCAGCCAAAGAGUUGUCUUCACCGCGCCGCCGAAAAUUGGCCAGUAAGAACAAGCCAGGCAAGAAGAGGACACUCAUGGCGGGAGAUGGACGCUCAAAAGGCGGACAUGGCUUCCGGCCCGUCAAGACCGUGGGCUCGGAUAUCGAGGCACCGGUUACAGAAGGUUUCAUAGAACUAAAUAAUUUGCGCUAUCGCGUGGCCUGUUCGGGACGUCCAGGGAGCUCUCCGCGACACGACGAAAGACCAAAAAUUAGCGAUUCCAAGAGCGCAAUUUGCGUGUCCAAUUCGCGCUACGCUAUGAUUGGCCGUAUAUCCAAGUCGUUGGGUUUUAAGCUGGUCAAAGAGUGUAAAAUGUGGAACAUACUGUGGUCCGACUCGUUUCCCGGUGUGGAGCUCUUUAAGAAUAUGAAACGCUUUCAGCAGAUAAAUCAUUUUCCCGGCAUGAUCGAAAUUUGCCGCAAGGACCUGCUCUCACGUAAUUUAAAUCGUAUGCUCAAAUUGUAUCCCCACGAUUACAAAAUCUUUCCCAAAACCUGGAUGCUACCAGCUGAUUAUGGCGAUGCUAUGCACUAUGCUCAGAACCAUAAGCGCACAUUCAUCUUAAAGCCGGACUCGGGCGCUCAGGGGCGUGGCAUUUGGCUGACAAACGAUCUGAAGACUAUUGGACCCAACGAACGUCUCAUCUGUCAGACUUAUAUCCAUAGACCGCUUCUCAUAGACGGCUAUAAAUUUGAUUUACGGGUUUAUACAUUGAUAACCUCCGUGGAUCCGCUGCGGCUGUAUGUUUAUAAUGAGGGCCUUGCCCGUUUCGCCACAAACAAGUAUGUGGAGCCCACUCCGGGCAAUGCCCACGAUCUUUACAUGCAUCUCACCAACUAUUCGGUGAACAAACGUAAUUCCCAGUACGAUCUGUGCGACAACGAUGACUGCGGCAGCAAACGGAAGCUGAGCGCCAUCAACAAUUGGAUGACCAGGCAUAACUAUGAUGUUAGUGAGUUCUGGUCCAAUGUGGAUGAUGUCAUCAUUAAAACCGUGCUGAGCGCGUGGCCAGUGCUGAAGCAUAAUUAUAAUGCCUGCUUUCCGGGUCAUGAUACGAUACAGGCCUGCUUUGAGAUACUGGGCUUUGACAUACUGGUGGACUGGAAGCUAAAGCCUUAUAUAUUGGAAGUGAAUCAUUCGCCCAGCUUUCAUACCAACGAGCAGGUGGAUCGUGAGGUCAAGCGGCCGCUCAUCAGGGAUACCCUGACUCUGGUCAGCACCGUCUUGGCGGAUAAGAAGCAAAUCCUGCGCGAGGAUCGGAAACGUGUCAAGCAGCGUCUGCUCAAAUCCAAGGGUGACACUGUACAACGCUCACGUGUCGUAGCUGGCGUCUCAAAGUUAACGCCCAAAAAGGAAGGCAGUCCGACAAACAAGGAGCAAUCACCGGAGCCGGAGAUCGGUUCGCUGGCGCAGCAAAUCGCCUGGGAGGAAAGCCAUAUGGGCAAUUUUAGACGCAUUAUGCCGCCACCAGAUGCCAGCCGCAUCAACUACUAUUGCAAGUUCUUCGGGCAGACCAAUCAGGUGUCCAUUUUUCAGGAGACGGCUGCCAGCAAGAAACGCGAGGAUCUGGCGCGAAAGAUGCGCCUACAGAUCGAGGAAAAGAAGGCCAAACAGGAGCAAAUGCUGCUCUCUCGCAGCAAGCGCAAACGUUUGAUCCAGCCACGUUUGGCGCGCGAGAAGCAUCGUCUGAACCUCUUUCGACUCAAGGAGAACUGGGCGCCCGGUUUCGUAUCGGAGGCGGAGGAGCGCUUGCGUAAUACCUGGCAGCAGAUGCGUACAGAGGCCAUUAGGAAUCUAAAAAUCACAGAGAACAUCUAUGCACUUCUGUUCGAGCAUGGCCAUUUGAGCAACACAGAUAUCACGGCCUUCCCAAACUUGUAUCACUAUCUGCAAUGUGGCUAUGAUAUAAAGGGCGCCACAUGAGCUCGUGGGCCGAGGAGAGGGUUGGCUGAAUUGUUAGGAUGUAAGCGAUCACAGGUGAUAGGUGAUAUAUCGAAUGGAAAACAAGAGAAAAUAAAAAUAUAGAGAAGAUGGAAAUGUGAUCGAUCCCAAUUUCGUAAUUGCGGAAGGUGGCACUGGUCUGAAACAUUAAACAGUUGUCCAACAAAAUAUUUAUGUAUGUAUGUAUAUAUAUAUAUAUGUAUUUGUAUAUGUAUAUGUAUGUAUACGUACGUAAAGUAUUUGGUUAUGAAUUUGUUAUAUUUUAUAAAUUUUAAUUAACUGCAUCGAGACAAGAGCCAAACAACGAGAAAUAUAUGUAUGCAGUAAUUAGUAUGAAUCUUGAAAA